GAAUAAUUACAAUAAUCAAGCAAGAGAAAACCAUGGGCUCCGACGACCAGAGUCAAGAGCCAAUUAACCUAUCCCGGGGCCAUCCUAACCCGGGGCUAUUACCCACCGCCGCCCUCACCGACGCCGCCACCAAAGCACUCACAGACCCCUCCAUCAGCACGCCCGCCUUGCUAUAUGGCCCCGACGAGGGGUACCACCCGCUGCGCGAGCAUAUCGCUCAGUGGAUGACAGAGUAUUACCAGCCCCGCGAGCCCGUCUCUGUAGAUCGGAUCACCAUCAGCGGCGGCGCCAGCCAAAACCUCGGCUGCAUCCUGCAGGUGUUCACCGACCCCGUCUACACGCGCAAUGUGUGGAUGGUGGCGCCCACCUACUUCCUCGCCUGUAGCAUGUUUGAAGAUGCGGGCUUCGCCGGCCGUCUAAGAGCCGUCCCGCAGGACGAUAUCCACGGCGUGGACAUUGACUUCCUGCGUCAGGAACUGACCGUCGCGGAGAAGAAGGCCGCCGCAGAUGGCAAUUGCACUCCGACGUACAAGCCCGCCCGUCCCUGGGCCCACAUCUACAAACACGUCAUCUACCUCGUCCCGACCUUCUCCAACCCCACGGGCCGGACGAUGCCGCUCUCCGAACGCGAGAACCUCGUUCGUCUAGCCCGCGACUUUGACGCCCUGAUCGUCUGCGACGACGUCUACGAUUUCCUCCAGUGGAGCGCCGACCCCCGCGCGCCGCUCCACCCCAGCGACACCGCGCCCCAGCCGCGGCUCGUCGACGUCGACCGGUUCCUGGACGGAGGGCCAUCCACGCCCUUCGGCAAUGUAGUCAGCAACGGCAGUUUCAGCAAGGUGAUUGGACCGGGCCUCCGCACAGGCUGGGCGGAGGGAACGCCACAGCUGGCGUAUGGUUUAUCUCAAACCGGAACGAGCCGCUCAGGUGGCGCCCCGUCGCAAGCAACAGCAGCCAUCAUCGCCCAGCUGUUCCCGCAGCGGACGAUCCACUCGUUCGUGGCGGAGGUCCUGCGGCCCGCUUACGCGAGAAGGUACCGGCUGGUAGUGGACGCCUUGCGUGAGCAUCUCCUCCCGCUUGGGGCUACGCUGCCGGGGCUGGAUUCCGACGCGGGUGGCCCCGUUGGGGGGUACUAUGUGUGGGUGCGGCUGCCGGAGCCGCUGCGCGCGAGUGAGCUUCCGCUGGGGCGGUUUGGGGUGGCUGUUGGGGUGGGCGCAUCAUUUGCGGUGCGUGGGGAUCCGGCGGUCGAGAAUAGUGGGUUUGAUCGGGGGGUGAGGGUUUGUUUUGCUUGGGAGGAGGAGGGGAAGUUGGUGGAGGGGGUGAAGAGGUUGGCUGGGGCUGUGAGGUGUGCGUUGGGGUGA